AAGUGAAAAGGUUCAUAAGUUGGUGGUCUUGGUGAGAGACUAGAGACUAGAACUUGUCUCACUCUCCCAUUGUCCGCAUGCCAGCAUCGUCGAGCCAUAGAUCCAACAUACAAAAAUGCGGCCGACUCACACCCAGACCAUUUUCCUUUCCCUACUCCUACCCCUCGCCGUCGCCCAUCCUUACCCUCGUGACGACUUCAGAGAUGUCGGUUUUGGAUACCUUAUGCCUCGCGACUGUGACUCGUACUGCGGUUCCGAUAAUCAGUAUUGCUGCUCGAAUGGUCAGACAUGCACCACCUCAGCCGGCAUAGCAGGCUGCGCAGCCACAGGCGCAGGCGGCGAGUAUGAUUUUUACACCACUACCUGGACCGAGACGAAAACGUACACCAGCACUAUCAGUUCCUUCCUAGGACCCACAACCGCCGCUUCGGGAGGGAACGGUGAACCUUGUGUGCCACCGGAAGGCUCCGGGGAGAUUGCGUGUGGUACUAUCUGCUGUGCGACCUGGCAAUACUGCGCUCACGACGGUCAGUGUCUGCCGAACGCUGGGUCUGGCUCCUGGACCCAAUGGACCACUGUCGGCGUCGUCACCACUCAGUACUCGGCUCCCUAUAGGGUUACAAGCGGCAGUACCAUCGUGCAAACUUCGGCUUCCACUACCACUGGCACUGCAGCUAGCGAGACUGCGUCAUCCACUAGCACUGGGGCUCCGGCCCCUGUCGCAUCUACGAGUGGCUCGUUAAGUGGAGGCGCAAUCGCCGGCAUAGUGGUCGGCACGAUUGCCGGCGUAGUCCUGCUUCUGCUCCUAUGUUUCUGCUGCAUCGUCAGGGGUCUCUGGGAAGUAGUUGCUGGUAUCUUUGGAUUUGGCGGUAGGAGAAGGAAAGAGACUGAACGGAUUGAGGUCACCGAAGAACAUUACUCGAGGCGUGGAAGUAGGCACGGUAGCACGUACGGUGCUGCAGCCGCACGGCCGGUCCAUCGAACAUGGUUUGGAGGAGGGGGAGGUCGACCAGCCUCAUCCGCUGCCAGGAAGGAGAAAAGGAGUUCAGGGGGUAACUGGGGCUGGUUAGCUGCGGGUGCGGGUGCAGCAGCUCUCCUCCUUGGCUUGAGGAGAGAUGACAGGCGUAGAGCUAGUAGCCAAAAGCCGCCGCGGAGCGACUGGGGUAGUUCGUACUACACCGACUCCUAUACUGCGAGCAGCCCUAGUAGCCAAAGUUCCGAUAGGAGAACGCGAGACACGCGCCGUUCUAGACAGUCCAGAGCAACAAGAGCCUCUAGACCAUCGAGGGCUUCACGACAUUCGAGAAGCUAAAAGCGGAAACCCCCACACUUCGAAAUUGAGCUCAUAACCCCCUUUUCUUCAUAGUAUCUUUUUUCCCUUCCACCUUUCGACAUACAUACC